AUGGGCCUACAUCAGAUAUACCCCGCUCAGAGGCGAGGAAGGUUUAGCGUUGAUGUUGUCCUCGUCCACGGCCUGUGCAGUGAUUCGUCCUCAGCAUGGACCAAGAACGACAUCACCUGGCCCAGGGACCUGCUUCCUCAUUCAUUGGGAUACUGCAACGCGCGGAUUCUUACGUUCAGCUACGCAGCAGAAGGCUUUCUCAGCGCCAAUACCAAGACCCACGGGGUCCGUACUUUUACCUGCGCCGAGUCCCUGCUCAGUGAUCUUAGAGACUAUCGGAUUAUGGAUCCAAAACGCCCCAUCAUCUUUGUUGGCCAUUCUCUGGGUGGACUGGUGAUCAAGUCUGCCCUGGUGCACGCAAACAUCCGCAAUCAAGUUUACGGCAUCAUAGCGGAGUGCACCAAAGCGAUUGUCUUCUUCAGCACACCGCACCAAGGAAGUGACAAUGCUGCUUGGGACGCUUUCUUCACCAGCCUGGACCAAGCGAACCUGCAGGGAGCGCAGGUUGUUGGAGAGCUGAGACUAUGGUCAGACAUGCUGGUGCAGCUCACAGUGGAAUUCGCCGACCUCGCCCGGUUCUUCCGGAUGACCUCGUUCUUCGAAACGCGGGGAAGCAAGGGUGUCUUCGUUGUCAAGGAAGCAAGCGCAAGAAUAGGGCAGUUCGGGGAGCGCCCACGGGGCCUCGACGCAGACCAUAUCGGAAUCUGUAAGUUCGUUGAAGACGAUGAUAAUUGGGGUAUUGUGCAGGCCCGCUUCGAAGCAAUUGCAUACGAAAUCGGUAUCUACGAUGAAAUCACCCAUCCUGUUUCUCAACCUGCACGAGCGCCUCUCGCUCUGGAGGCCCCUCAGGAAGAUGAGGACGAACUUGUCAGGCGCAUCCAGCAGAAUUUACAUGGUUCGAUGAGAAGGAACUAG